CGGUCACACUACUAAAAUCCAGAUGAUGUGGAAUAAAUAAUUUUAAAUUUUAAAUGUAAGCAAAUGAAAUGGACAUAACCCAGCACUUUAAGGCGAGUGUCAUGACGGUGCGCCUGCAGCGAAAGACUGAGCUGGCUUCGUCCGGACGAGGCAAGGCCACAGCACGAGCUGCAGUGGCAGGGCCAUCGAAAGCUACAGGACCCCGAGAUGACUUUGCGAUUGAGGCCAAGAAGGUGUGCAACAAGAUCACAGAUCUGCGCAAUCUACUCAUAGAGAAUCGCACAGCCUAUAUGAAGAUUGGGCAGCACCUGAAGAGUGCGGCGCACAUGACAGAUGCCCAACGAAACUUAAUUGAUCGCGAAUCGGAAAAAUUCGUUGCCGUCUACACGCAGCUGCUGGCGAAGAUGCGUAGCGAAUGGAAGAGUGUCAAACGGAAGCCACAGGAGCGACAGCAUAUCGAGGCGGUGCUUGACUUGUUGGUCAGCUAUCUUCACAGCGUGGAGCAGAUUUAUUUGGAUCAAAAGAAGUACCGUGUCCAACAUGAACUAGAGACAUACAGACUGCUCAAGCUGGCGGCAGAUAAAAAGAAAAUACCCGUACGUCCGGGUGGUGGUCAAAGUGCUAAGAUCGGAAAACGCCUGCUGAGCAAUGGCAGCAGCCCCCAAAGCGGGAAGGCGUCACCGUCAGACGAUGGCGCUCUUCAGGACUCCGCCGACAACGAUUGGAGCAACGAUGGCUGGGCCGAAUGGGAUGACGAUGAAGACGAGGAUGUGACUGAGACUGAUGCACAGCUGGAGAGCAGUGCUCCUCAGUCGGAGCGGCACAAGGCGCGAACACGUAAGCGCAGCAAAGGCAAGCCGGCUGCCCCAAAUGACUCCUCGGCCAAGGUGGCAGUUGAUGAGGAUAUUAACAAGUCUGCACAGGAGCUGGUCGAUGAUGAGGAUCCUCUGAGCGCAGAGGAUGUACAGCUGUUUGAGGCGGAGAAUGUUCAUAUGUAUAAUUUCCUACAAGGCCUCUCCGAGGAGGUAGAGCAGAUUGGCAAGAAUGUUGUGGACAUUGCCCAGCUGCAGGAUAUUUUCACCGAAAAAGUCGCAAUGCAGCAGCACAACAUCGAACGGAUUGCCAGUGCCGUUGUGGGCAGUACGGAGAACGUUAAAGAUGCCAACGAGCAGAUCCGCCAGGCAACCCAACGAAAUGCUUCCGUUCGUGUCUAUUUCUUGUUCUUUUUGAUUGUCAUGUCGUUCUCCUUGCUGUUCCUGGACUGGUACUACGACUAGCAAAGCAAUAAAAUACGUACUAAUCGAC